UUUGAAAUAGAACGUUUUAUAUUACCCGUGUUAAAAUAUCACUUUGGAUUGUUAGGUAGUCUUUGCAAUAAGGUUAGCCCAGGAGAACUUCUACUGUACCGAGAGAGAGGGACUCGAUGCGAGCUGUAAAUUAGCCAGCGACAGCAGUGGCAAAAACUCGCGAACGGCGACUUUUCGCAUAGAGAUCAUAAUAUCUUCAAGAUACAACUUAUCGACGGAGAGCAAAUUGCGACAAGAUACAACUCACGGCUUGCAUAACGCGGUCAGCCGAGUGAGCAAUGUUCACGGAUCGGUCGAAUAUUUUCUUUACACCGCUGCCGUGUGUUUUUUGUGGCAAAAUAAUUCGUUUGUAGUCCGCCGUUUUCCCUGCAUUUUGCCCAAGCCAAUUAGAAGUUUCCGGUCUGCGGCGCUACUUGCAUACAAAAUCCACGAAAAAACGACAAGCGAAAUUAAGAAGUCAUAAGACCAAAAAAAUGCCAAACGUUUUUCGGCGGCCUUUGCGGCUCCUUUCGGGAGUACCAUAAUGGGCCUAGCGAAUUAAUUAAGUACCAACCCCCGUAUUAAUUGCAGUUAACGACCUACCUCCGACAGCUCCGAACCAAAUUCAAUUCGAUAGACAAACGCACCAAACCCAGCCAGAAAACCAAUCAUCAUGAUCAGAGCGAGAGAUUCGACGGGGCUGCUGCUCAUUAUUCUGCUAAUUGGACCACUGUGCGUGUAUUGUCAGUCUGACUACGGCUACCAGGACGAUGACUACGAGUAUGGUGAUGACAUCAAUGAUGACGGCCAAGUUAUCGAUGUAACGAAGGACAAGGCUGCUCAGUUGGCGCCGCCAUACUUUGAAGAGCCCGAUCUGAGGAUCGAGGCCAAGCCAGGAGAUAAUGUGGUACUCAACUGUGAUGCACGGAACUUCCAGAUCAGCAAUGCCGUAAUGUGGUACAAAAACCGGACAAUCAUCGCUAAUGGCCAGAACCCCAUCAGCCAGCGCGUGGAGGCCAUGUUGAACAACUCGAUUCUCCUGAAGAACGUGACGCCGCAGGACGCGGAUGAUUACUACUGUGAAAUACUGCCCCAGAGGGUUCGACAGCACACGGCACUGCGGGUGGGCGCCCGGCUGUCGAUCCUCUGCGACGAUCGCGACAUUACGGAUCGAUCGCAGACGUUCAGGCAGGGCGACCACCACAAGCUCGAGUGUCGAACGUAUCUGCCCGGCAACCCCACUAUCAAGUGGUCCUUUAAUGAUCUCCAUGGAAGGCCGUCGGACGUCGACAACCAGAACGGGGUGAUCAUUUUGGACAACGUAGAUGAGAGGAAUGCCGGAGACUACCAGUGCCUGGCCGACGACGGCAGUCGCCAUCCACCCCAUGGCACGGUUCACAUCGAUGUCCAGUACAGCCCCAUCGUCUCCACCCAUCGCCACAACGUGAACACGGAGAAGGGCGCCUCCGCCGAACUGUAUUGCAAUUACCGGGCCAACCCAAUCGGCAGGAGCUACUUCAUCAAGGACGGCAAGACGCUGCAGCUCUCCGACAAGUACUCCAUCAAGGACUCGGUGCACCAGGAGCACAAUCGCACCACCCUGAUCGUCCGGGAAGUGGCGGACAGCGAUGUGGGCGAGUACCUGUGCCAGGUGGAGAAUGCCAUCGGGUCCAACGAGGUGAAGGUGCACGUCAGCUACUUGCCGGAGACCCCGCAGUUUGAGGACGAGACGGUGGAAGGCAACCAGGUCACGCUGCACUGGCUGGUCAGGAGCCGGCAGCCCCUCUCCGAGGCCAUGCUGGAUUACCAACUAACUGGGUCCCUCCACUGGAGCACCGUUUCAGUACUGCAGACACAUCGCCACAACAGCACGGAGAACAUCUGGAAGAUCACUCAUCAGCUGGAGUUGCAGCGAGGGUUGUGGCAUGCCCGCGUCAAGACGAAGAACACCCAUGGGUGGUCCCACUUCUCGAACGACCACAUCAUCGAAAUCCGGGAGGGUUCCGAGAUCGAGAAAGAUGAAGAGUUGGACCUGUCCGACAAGCCGGAACUGCCUCCGGAUGAGAUCGUGCAGGCUGGCAUCGGUCCAGUGGCCCGAGGAGCUGCGUCAGCACUCCAGCAGCACAGUUUAGGGGCAAUCCUGCUGGCCGCCCUCCUGCUGCGAAUCCGCCUCUAAGGGGGAGUGCAUUCAGACCGAGAUGUGUAGAUACGUAUUUCCGGAUUACUCAGCUAUCGAUGGCAUCGGAGCGAUAGCGAACGCACAUGGAAACCGAAACUAAAGUAUUCUAAGCUAUACAAAUGCUAAUGCGCGACCGCAGGCUUGGGUCAAUGUUAAUGUUAAUGCUAUAGUACACGCUGGAGCGAUCACCACUGAAACAUUUGUGCCAAGCAAGGGACUCGGAGAGCGAUGUCUAACGUUAAUUUAGUUUAGUUGAAGUCAGAGGAGCGACGAUCGGUUUAAAACCGCCAGAAAGGAUCAGUUCGAUUAACCUUAGCUGUAAUAUUUAUUUGUUUUGUCUGCAUGUGAGUCUUGGCACCCGAACCGAGAGCGAAUUCAAAAUAGGUCCAUCAGGGAAGAAUUUCCUACUGGGUCAGGAGUCCAGUAGCUCCCCGAGCGAUGGCGUAGAGUAGCGAAUAUUGGGUAAGGUUCAAGUGACUUUAGGAUUGCAAUACUUAUAAUAUUUUUGUACAUCCCAGCGUACUUACGAACACAUCUGUGUCACUGAAUCAGAGGGGAACCGGGAGGGAUCUAUCGAACGGCCCGUAAAUUAUUUUAUAAACUAGACCAAAGCUUAGACAUACAUAUGUGUACCUACCACACCAUACAUAUGAACUUAUUUUUACGAGACUACGCCACAUCAACUGAAUGGAACAGAACGAUUCAAAAUAUACAAAUCAAACGAGCGAUCGCAUAUGUACCUAUGCUUAGGAGAUACUGAAGAAGUCUGGGGGAGCCAUAUACAUAUACACUAUAUUGGGUACUGUUGAUAAUCGGGUUUGGCUUUACUUUUCGUCCUUGAUUCUGCUACAAUACCUGAGGAAUAUCGCCAUAACACGCUCCAACAUCGUGAGUGUAUAUAUUUUAUAUGUAUUUUAUUUAAGAAUCAUAACACUAGAGCUGAUCAAUAAUCGUGCCAAUCGAAGCAAUCUGGCGAAACCAAUUGCUCGCUAAACCGAAUCAAACGACUCAAAAAUAAAGUUCCAUAAACAAAGUUUUGACGAGGACCUGAUUUCGAAUGCCGACCUUUAAGCAUAUACACAUAUACAGAAUCAAAUAUAUAGAGGGGACUACUUAAGGCCAGUGUCUUACUUGAAUAUUGUAAUUUUCGUUGAGUACAUGAUAAGUAAGCAAAUAAAAGUAAACUAAACGAA